CCAGAUUCAUCACAUAUAUUCACUGGGAAAAUGGCAUUCGAAAGGAAAAGGAAUAAAAGCUACAAGACCCAUUAGAAAAACCACCGAUAUUUUGUUUUAUGGACAGAAUUUCUGAUCAUCAUCGUCUCUGCUGGGUGCUUGGAAGUCACCAUGAACAGCAGCACCAACAAUGUCACGCGAACCCCAUCGUAUUGGUACAGUGAACAAGACUAUGAUGAUACCUAUGCUCCCAACAACAGUAGCAGGAAUUAUCAAAGGAUGCCCACGUUUUCCCAUUUCCGCCGCUCCGCCUCCCAAGCCCGUCCGGAGCCGAAUAGAGGAGGUUCACAAGAUACAUGGCGGCCGGCGGUGGAGGAAAGAGCCAUAACAGUACCUCUCGGUCUAGCUGGAUUUUCUAUGCAGCCAGCUUCACCCGUGCAAGUUCUUUUCCUAAAUACCAGACUGGCAAGAGAGCUACCAGGGCCCUCACGCCAACGAAAUUGGCAAGCCUCUUCAUCUACACAAGCGGAUCGCUCCAGAUCAACCCAAGAUGAGCAAAACAAAGCAUUGGCACAGCUGAAGAAAGAAACCUAUAACCCUAUCCCGAAAAGGAUGACAACUAGAUUGAGUUUGUAUUACAGAGACCGUGCCAUUGAUGCUGUUAAAGACAGGGCACGGGAGACAGAAGAUGAUGGCAAAAGAUGUGCGAUCUGCCUAGAAGAUUUCGAGCCCAAAGAGUCGGUAAUGGUGACCCCUUGCAACCAUAUGUUUCAUGAGGAAUGUAUUGUGCCAUGGGCGAAGAGUAAUGGGAAAUGCCCUGUUUGUCGGUUUGUGCUCUGCGACCGAGCCGGAGGAAGUGCAGCGCCAGCGCAGAACAUCGAAAGUUUCGCAGGCAAUGACGUAUUUGAAGGAGAGCUAAUUUCAGUCAUGAGGGCCAUGGAAGAGGCUUUCAUACGGGGCAACACAUCACGUUGGUAACCAGUGUUGAUGCGAGAUCAGCUUGCUCUUUUCGCUUCUUUCCUCUCCCUCUUCGUUUUUCUUUUCAUGAAACUAGGUUUCCUAAGAGCCAAAAUAAGUAAGGAAAUUACUGAGAUGUGAGAUAUAUGAGCACAUUAGUUAUGAAUCGUUGAAUGUUCUCUAUGGCCUUCCAACUAUGAUCGAUAAGCUCUAAUAUUUACACGAGUCUUGUAAAUUAAACAAACCAAA